AUGGCCAUGUCCGACGUUGCCCGCUCUGCCGCGCAUGGCGCACAAAGGGACUCCACGUCUACCUCGAGAACAGCACUCCCUACGCAACGAAAGUCGCCCACGGCCCAGCACGACAUCAAGAACACGAUCAACGGCCCCGGGCCAUCUGCUCGACCUACGCGGGAAGCCGGCGAGCAAGCGACGAUACCACUUCGUGCGGCAGAGUUUCGCCGCAGCCUGUCCAGUGAUACCAUGUCGACCUCCCAGGCGCCCAGCCCAGCAUCAGAAGUGGGAGGAACGUCGCCCACGCAAACUAGGACUGGCGUCAGCGCAAGCCCCGCACCGACGACUGCCUCUGCCUCCUCGCAGGGCCAUGUUGGCCAGGUCUGCAGCAACUGUGGAACGACGCAAACCCCUUUGUGGAGGAGAUCGCCCCAGGGUACCACUAUCUGCAACGCUUGCGGCCUGUAUCAGAAGGCACGGAACGCCUCGCGCCCUACGUCCCUGAAGAAGAAGCCGCCCCAACUCGUGUCCGCCAACUCGCGAGCCGCGCCAACGAAGAUCGCCCCGGCUCCAGGUCCCGGACCCAAGUAUCCAGGGGGGCCGGCACCGACCUAUGUCACCGAGGAGCAGGUGCCUACCGGCACGUGCCCGGGUGGUGGAAAGUGCAAUGGUACAGGCGGCGCCGAAGGGUGCGGUGGGUGUCCCGCCUACAACAACCGAGUCUCGAAGUCUGCACAGCUCAACCCCCAGCAGCAGGGUCAGGGUUGCGGUUCCGCUGGCCAGCAGGGCGAUCAGGGGGUGGACGACCCCUCGGCUCCGAUCGACAUUGCCGCUUUGCAGAUCCAGAACCAGAACACCACGGUUGUCAUAGCCUGUCAGAACUGCGGGACCACGACAACGCCGCUCUGGAGGAGGGAUGAGAGCGGGCACACAAUAUGUAAUGCUUGCGGUCUCUACUACAAGUUGCACGGUGUUCAUAGGCCUGUGAGCAUGAAGAAAUCUAUCAUCAAGCGGAGAAAAAGAGUCAUGCCAAAUGCGUACGCAGGAAGCGACUGGAACGAGGAGUACGACGGUUCGGAAACGCAAAGUCAGGCUCCUGAGGGCAGCCCAGAAAGGGGCAGCAUGAACGACGAUGGAUCUAUCAACCUCGGCCUCCGACUUCGCCCUCACGGCCUCCCCCCUAUCCUGCCCUCAGCUCCGUCCUCCUCAAGUCAACACAACACAACUUUACCGCCGGUUGCCGACCUGGCGGGCUACCAACCGCCUACACACCAACGCCCCUCCCUCCCUUCCAACGACUCGCAUUCGUACGAGAACCGACUCGCCCCGAUCACGUCGAUGACCCAUGUUGCAGACCGACAAGCGUCCAUGUCACCUGCGUCGUUCGUCUCACCGUCUCGCAAACGAUCCUUCUCCGCCGCCGACAACGACAGUCUCCCAACCCCGGACGGAGGACCGGAAAGCUCAAAGCGGCUGUCCUCGAUCAAAUCAAUUCUGAACCCUUCAAACAUGGCGCAAUCACAGAGCGAAGAGGCGGGAGAGAUGUAUUCUCGAGCCACUCGCGUGUCACCGGGCUUUGCACCAAGCCCUGGAUCUUACUCCAAUACAGGAGGCACAUCUUCACCAACAGCCAGCGGGUACCCGCCAUCGCAACCAGUACAAGACGAUGGGGGCCGGCGCAUGGCCCUGGAGCAAGAAGCACACAGGAUGCGGGAAGCCCUCGCGGCGAAAGAAAGAGAACUAGCAAGCCUAUCCAGGCCAUGA